AUGCUCCAUCAGGAUUACUCCCGAGCUGCAGCACCGCCAUGGACCGUGAUGUGGUUUACCACCAAACUGGACCACUUCACAUAUUCCGACACCCGAACUUUUAAGAUGAAGUGGCUCGUGAAUAAUACCAACUACAAGUCAGGAGGACCUAUAUUCUUCUACACGGGAAACGAAGGGGACAUCGAAGGUUUCGCUACAGCCACAGGGAUUAUGUGGGACCUCGCGCCAAAAUUCAACGCAGCAAUUGUUUUCGCGGAGCACCGAUUCUAUGGUGAGAGCCUUCCAUUUGGGAACCAAUCGUAUUCGAGCAUCGACAACAUGGGAUAUCUGACGUCGGAGCAGGCUCUCGCUGACUUUGCUGCUCUGCUUUUCACUCUGAAGACUCCCAAUAACACCUUAAAUGUGUCUUAUCCUGAAAGUGCACCAGUGAUUUCAUUCGGUGGUUCUUACGGUGGGAUGUUAUCAGCCUGGUUCCGAGUCAAAUAUCCACACGUUGUUGCUGGAGCAUGGGCAGCUUCAGCUCCGUUGAUCUAUUUCAAAGGAGGUGGAGUUGAUCAGGGCGCAUUCGAUAAGGUUACGACAAAGACUUUCGUGGACGCUGGAACCAACAGAUUUGUUGUGGCCAACAGCUGGAACGCCAUUCUCAACCUUUCUUCAACUGGGAAGGGACGUCAAUUCCUAAAUAAGCAAUUCAACAUCGACCCAAAAUCACAAAUAAAGAACAGGGAAGACGGAUGGCUGCUCAACGGCUACAUUAGAGAAGCACUAGAGUAUAUGGCUAUGGUGGAUUAUCCGUACUCAACGGGAUUUCUCGAACCUCUACCCUCCUGGCCAGUCAAGGCUGCAAGUGAGCAAAUGAGCGCACCUGGUAGUAACUUCACCGAUGAGCAGUUGGCAACUAUGGUAUACAGCGCUGCAAAUAUUUACUACAAUUCGACUGGUGCUCUCGAGCACAACUGCAUCGAUCCAAGUGUUUGCGGCGAUCCAGGCACGGCAGGACUCGGCGAUGAUCAACUCGGAUGGCCAUGGCAGGAGUGCAGUGAAAUAGUGAUUGAUAUGUGUGCGAGAGGUGGCAGCAAUGACUUCUUCUGGAACGAAUGCAAAGGAGAUUCAAAAGCACUACUCGCAGAGCAGUGCGAGGCAACAUUCGAAACGUUUAAUUGGACAACAAACGUUUGGAACAUAAGGGCGGUUCCGCUGCUCUACGGUCUCUCCCUGGCUGGAGCUAGCAACAUUAUCCUCACGCAAGGCCAGCUCGACCCGUGGUCUGCGGGAGGUUAUCAGCCAGGAUCUAGUGGAGAUAAUCAAGAUCGAGGACUAUAUGUGUUACAAAUACCCGGUGCAGCUCACCACCUCGAUCUACGAACGCCGAACACCUGCGAUCCCAACACAGUCACCAACGCGAGAUAUCAGAUUGUGCAAAUUCUGGAUUGCUGGAUCAAAGGAUGCAGCGCGACUCCAAAACUUGCCACGCUACCUUCUAUGGUGGUCCCGAGUGUAGCAGAAUGUAAGGAUGUGAAUCAAGGAAAACCACACGGUGCCGCUCAUUUCUCCGUGACCAUCGCAAGAGAAACGGCAUGGGAACCGCUUCAGAUCGUACGAGGUGCGCUAGAACGCGGCUCUAUGCGCACGCUACGUCCCCUUCGGCAGUCUGCUCAUUAG